AACACAUUGCACAGAGUUGUUCAGUGAGAGUGUUGCUUUUGUUCACGUGAUGCGGGACAGCCAAUCAGCGAUCAGUAAACGGUGAACCGCAGCGGACUGAGGAGGAAGUUGGUGCAGGUCUGGGGAGCGAGUCCCGGAGAACCGGAGCCAUGACCCGUGGAAACCAGCGUGAACUUGCUCGAGCUAAGAACAUGAAGAAAAAUCCAGAUAAGGGGAAAAAGCCAGAUGAUGGCUUAUCUGCUGCUGCAAGAAAGCAGAGAGAUGCUCAGAUAAUGCAAGAGAAGCAGAAAAAGGCACAGGAGAAAAAAGAGGAGCCGAAAUAGCAUUUGUGGAGUGCAUGGUAUGCAGGAAGAUGACGACCAUUCAAUGAUACAUUGCCCAGUACCCGAACAAAAACAUUUGGCUCAAUGGCUUUGUUUUCCCCAAUGCGAAGUUUGUUUGUUUUUCUUCUUCCCUGCUGUGCAUAAUUUUCCAGUCUUUUCCUUUAAUCAUAAACUAGUAGCAUAGAUUUUUAUCUUCCUUGUGUACAUAUUAUGAAUAUACCACUUUAUUCCAACCCCGCACAAAGCUCAGGCCAUUCUUUUAUUUUUUCCCUCCCAUGGCUUUCUCUGCAUGCUGACCUAGCAUCGGAUAAGUCAGCUCAAGCAAAUGUGAUGGAAAUCAAGGUCGAACAAGCACUUCACCAUGAUUCGAAGUCACUUGUGAUUUUGUAUUCACGGUGGACUCAGUCAGAUAUUUAAUAAAGUGACUUUUUCCGUGGG